AUGGUCCUCGCAAGCCACCCCAACCCAACUGCCCCGGUCAUCUCCCACUUCAACCUGACCGGUAAAGUUGCCCUUGUUACAGGAGGCUGUCGUGGCAUCGGGCUGGAAGUCGCCCGCGGGCUCGCCGAAGCAGGCGCGAAUGUGGCCAUCACGUACACGAGCCAGAAGCCCGCCGACGCUGAUGCCAUUGCCGCCUCCCUCGCGGCCUCGACUGGCAGGUCCGUGAAGGCGCUGAAGUGCGAGGUGAAAAGCCGGGCCGAAGUCUUCGAGACCGUGGAAAAGGUUGUCGCGGACAAAGAACUCAGCCCGACCGGCAGGCUUCACGUCGUCGUUGCCAAUGCAGGUACAGCCGGUAACGUCCCCGCACUAGACCACCCAGAGGACCGCUGGAGGGAGAUGCUAGAUAUUAAUUUCCACGGGGCUUUCUGGACGGCCCAGGCGGCUGCCCAGGUGUUUGAGCGGCAGUGGAGGGCGGAUGGCGGGAAGGAGGGCGGUGCGCAGAGCCGGUGUAGUAUCAUUUUCACUGCUUCGGUGUCGGCGAUCCUGGUGAACGUCCCACAGAAGCAGGCCGCUUACAACGCCAGCAAGGCUGCUCUUGUGCAUCUCGCUAAGUCUCUGGCGGUGGAAUGGGUGGACUUUGCGAGAGUGAACUGCAUUUCCCCGGGGUUUAUCAAAACGGAUAUUCUUGAAGGCGCACCUCAGUGGGUAGAGGAAAAGUGGAUGAGCAUGGUUCCGGCGGACCGAAUGGCCCUGCCAGAGGAGCUGAAAGGUUCCUAUGUGUAUCUAGCAUCUGAUGCUAGCAGUUACAUGACAGGGGCUAACCUCGUCAUCGAUGGCGGUUACACGCUGCCUUGA